AUGACCGGAGUUGGUUCGUGGGCAGACUCGUUUAACAAGGCAAGGAGCCUCGUUGGCAAAAUGACCCUGGAUGAAAAAAUUAGUCUGACGGUUGGUGUGCGUACGGACGAUGGCUGCAGCGGAAAUAUCCCUGCCAUUGAUCGGCUGGACUUUCCCGGCCUCUGCCUCAGUGAUGCCGGCAAUGGGAUCCGAUCGACUGAUUUCGUCAGCUCUUGGCCCAGUGGCAUUCACGUCGGUGCAAGCUGGAAUCGGGAUCUUGCCAAAGAACGAGCCGUUGGCAUGGGCAGCGAGUUUAGGAAGAAAGGUGUGAACGUUCUCCUUGGUCCUGUGGUUGGUCCUGCUGGACGUACCAUAAAGUCAGGACGAAUCUGGGAAGGUUUCUCGAUCGACCCUUAUCUCUCUGGUGCACUUGUCUACGACACUGUUAUUGGGGUCCAGGACGUGGGAGUCAUUACUAGCACGAAGCACUACAUCGCCAACGAGCAAGAAACCAAUCGGCAGCCGCAAAAUGAUGUGGAAUCAGUUUCGUCUAACAUUGAUGAUCAAACGAUGCAUGAGCUUUACCUGUGGCCUUUUGCGGAUGCAGUUCGUGCAGGGAGUGCCAAUAUUAUGUGCUCCUACAACAGAAUCAACAAUUCAUACGGAUGCGCCAAUAGCUAUACUCUGAACGGUAUCUUGAAAACUGAACUCGGCUUCCAGGGAUUCGUCGUGUCUGACUGGGAUGCUCAGCACGCCGGUGUUGCAACAGCAUUGGCUGGCCUCGACAUGACUAUGCCUACUGACAGAGGAGUCUGGGGGCCCAACCUGUCACUGGCUGUCACAAACGGGUCGGUUCCUGAAUCUCGUGUAGAUGACAUGGCUAUCAGAAUCAUUGCUUCGUGGUAUCAGAUGGGGCAAGACAAAGGUUUCCCAUCACCUGGAAUCGGCAUGCCUGGAGACUUGACGAAACCUCAUCGCAUCGUCGAUGCAAGAAAUUCGACGUUCAAGUCCACCUUACUGAAUGGAGCGAUUGAGGGGCAUGUUCUGGUCAAGAACGUUGAUAAGGCUUUGCCUCUGAAAACACCAAAGAUGCUCUCGAUAUUCGGCUAUUCGGCUAAGGUCACUGACCAGAACGAUGUAGGAUUUGGUCUGGCACCUUGGAUCCUCGGCGCGACAUCUUCUAACUUCAGUGAUCUGGUUGCGGGCUUCACCAAUAGUGCUGAAGAGAACCAUAUCUACUCACCGAUAGCUUACAAUGGAACUCUCUUCUCCGGAGGUGGCUCUGGUGCAACGUCACAGUCGCUUGUCAGCUCUCCAUUUGAGGCAAUUACACAGCAGGCAUACGAAGAUGACACUGCCCUCUUCUGGGAUUUUCGUCUAAGCGACCCAGCAGUCAAUCCGGCUUCCGAUGCAUGCCUCGUGUUUGGGAACGCUUAUGCCGCAGAAGGCUAUGAUCGGCCUUCCAUACGUGACGAUUUUACGGAUGGUUUGAUCAAGCACGUGGCGGAUAGAUGCAAUAACACAAUCGUCAUUUUCCAUAAUGCGGGUGUUCGUUUGGUAGAUGGCUUCAUUGAUCAUCCUAACGUCACUGCUUUGAUCUUCGCGCAUCUACCCGGCCAGGACUCCGGCAGAGCGCUCGUGUCGCUGUUGUAUGGCAAGUCAAAUCCUUCAGGAAAGCUUCCAUACACAGUUGCACGCAACGAGUCGGACUAUGGGGACGUAGUAGAUCCAGAUCUGCCGGAAGGCAUCUUCGAGCUGUUCCCCCAGUCCAACUUCACAGAGGGCAUUUAUGUUGAUUACCGUCACUUUGAUGUUAACAAUAUUACUCCACGAUACGAGUUUGGUUUUGGGUUGUCAUACACUACUUUCAACUAUUCAAACAUAACCAUCAGCAAGGUGGAUAAUGCGACGACUGCAGAGUAUCCCACUGGCGCCAUUAGAGAAGGAGGCCAGGUAGAUCUUUGGGACGUCCUGGCGAAGGUAACAGCCGAAGUGAAGAAUACGGGCGAUGUCGAUGGUGCCGAAGUCGUGCAACUCUACGUUGGGAUACCCGGUAACGCACCAGUGAGGCAACUGAGAGGGUUUGACAAGCCGUUCAUCAACGCUACGAAAACGGCGACGGUGUCAUUUGAGCUGACACGCCGGGAUCUUAGCUUUUGGGACACGACAGCGCAGAAGUGGAAGCUGCAGCAAGGAAAUUACACAGUGUCUGUUGGGUCAAGCAGUCGGGAUCUGCCUCUGGUAGGGAAACUAGAGAUAUCAUGA